AUGGGCGCUUGGCUCACACCAGUGGCAAAGAAGCUUUUAGCACGCCUCAAGCAAGAGGGGUACAGAGCUAAAUUGGGAGUUGCCUUUCUUUGGAGCUUGGCCUUGCUAUUCCUUGGACUGAUUUGUGUACCAGGAAUGCCUCUUUGGAUUGUAAUUCCCUCCAUCGUCCUCAUGCAGUCCUUGAACUCUUGCACUCGUGCGUUCAAUCGGGCGCAGCUGAUCAACUUCCUUCCGCGCGACAAGAUUGCCACAUAUAUGACUUGGGAUGCAUUGAACAAGGCCAACCAAGGUGGAAUUGCAAUUUUUGGAGCCCAGGUAGUCGCAGCGGCUGGCUACCGUGGGUGCUUCCUUGGGACUUUCACUAUUCUUUUCAUUCGAAUGCUCAUUUAUUUGGUUUUUACGUUGAGGAAAGGUACUGUUUACAGAGGCGGGCUACAAACUCUUCAACUGGAAAACUACUUUGAACAUCUUGGAACCAUUCCUUGCAGGAUUUGA